GUAGUUGGUUAGUAAAAGUGUCGCUAAGCUUUUCAAUAGUUGGCCAAGAAUAGUCGAAAAAGAACAGUUUAACGGAAGGCGCGCGUUUCGGGUAAAGAACGCGGUUGAAAGUUCGCUAAAUUUGUCAACAAGAAAGCGCCGCGAAAAAAGUUUCGGGAAGUCGAGAUUGUGAGAAUUAUUGUGGUAUGAUUUCAAUGCACGCGUAUUUAUCAGUGUUUUAUUUGUGUUUUAUGAACUCUUGAGGAGGCACAAUAAGUUAGUUAAUGGACUGCAGAUUGUUAAAUCAUCAAUAAAAAUAGAUUAUUGUUUUAAAUUCAAGUGCUACAAAAUUGUACGAGUGAGAAAUUAAGAGAGUGUCAUAUACUGCAUAUGAAAGAAAAUCUAAGCAGUCAAUUCCAAUAUCAAACCACAAACGUCUUAUGCCAUAGAGGGACAUCAUGCAAACAAACUUGUUAACGUUUUCAAGUAUUAACCGAGCAAUCAACGCAAUUUAAUUAGUCGUUGCCUGCUUUGCACAAAUACAAAUGAAAGUGGCUAACAUAAGGCCAAUCAGGAGAAGAGUCGGGCUCAAGCCGUGGAUUAAAAGGACGAAAACGAAACAUGUCAAAGUAGAGAGGCAAAAGGAAUUAGGAAAUGACGCAGCAGCUACUCAAGUGCAAAUCUGUCAAUCUCUUGAAAUUAUUGCGGCUGAAACAGUGCACCACAGAGAAUGGCCAUGGCAUUAUCCAGGUGUAAAUAAUGCAGACAUGAGGUGGCAAAUAUCUUUAGUGUUGUGCCUGCUCUGUCUGGCGAGCUGUCAGGCCAAGUGUCGUGAGGAGCCGGCGCGUGAUUGUGAGGCUAUUUGCGAUGCAAUUGGGGGAAACUGUUCCAUACGGGCUCUGGUGCUGCUUCCCAAUGAUGACGGAUACGAGGCAUCUUUGCAGCGUGUUCUACCCAUUCUAAAGGUGGCAGAACAGCAGAUACGGGCCACGGCCCUGAUACCAUCCUACAUUGACUUUCACUGGCUGGCCCAUGACACCAAGUGCGAUGCCUCGCUGGGAGUGAUCCGAGCCAUGGACGGCAUCAUCAAGCAAUGUGCCCAGGUCAUUUUUGGACCUGUCUGCGACUAUUCGCUAGCUGCUGUCAGUCGCAUAACCAAGUACUUCAAUAGCCAGGGAACACCGCUUAUCACGGUGGGUGGCUCCACCUAUGACUUUGAGCAGAAGAAAACGGAUUGUGCCGAUGAAUUUUAUAUGCUACUACGCACGGGAAUGUUAAGCUUUGAGUCUAUAUCCGAGUUAACCAUCAAUGUGAUGAAACAGCACAACUGGACGCAUUCCAUAUUCUACUAUGAACGCGAUGGUCAGCGGAGUGUGGCAGGUUUACACACCUGUUUCCUUAUGAUGAAAUCCCUCGGCAAGCAAAUGCGCAACGAGAACAUGACUUUUGCCCAAUAUCCGCUUGAGUCAAAUACCACAAACCGAUCAGAAGAAAUGCGCCGUGAAAUUGGCAAUAAACAUUCAAUUGUCAUUAUGUGCGCCGAUCCGCAGUCCAUACGUCAAAUUAUGCUGACAGCCGAAGAGUUGAAUAUGAUCGAUAGCGGUGAAUAUGUUUUCAUCAAUAUUGAAUUAUUUUCACGUGUGCCAUAUAUGACGUCGCUGCCCUGGUAUGAUAAGAAUGAUACGGAUUUCAAUAAUGAACGCGCCAAAAAAGCCUACACAGCUAUGUUGACAGUCACACCGAAGCAGCCAAAUGACGAUGCUUACACAAAGGUAUCCAAUGAGAUUAAAGACAUCGCAUCGGCCAAAUACAACUACACAUUUAGCGAGAAUGAGCCAAUUUCCGCAUUUGUUACCUCAUUCUUCGAUGGCGUCCUGCUCUAUGCGAAUGCCCUCAAUGAGAGCAUCCGGGAGGAUCCGAGUAUGUUGACUCGACCGAUCAAUGGUACGGACAUUGUGAGACGCAUGUGGAAUCGCAGCUUCACUGGCAUCACGGGGAAUGUGACAAUCGACUCGAAUGGUGAUCGCAUCUCGGCCUAUUCCCUGCUGGACAUGAAUCCCAGCACGGGUCGCUUUGAGAUUGUGGCACAUUUCCUGCAUAAUCGAUUGGAAUUUGAAUCGGAAAAGGAAAUCCAUUGGGCAGGUGGACGAGAUCAAGCGCCGCCUGAUCGUCCGAUCUGUGGAUACGAUGGAUCUCUCUGUCCGGACAAUUCACUGCCUGGUUAUGCGAUCCUUUCCAUUGUUCUGGGCACUAUGAUAAUCAUAAUGGCAGUAUGCUUUUUCUGUGGAUAUCGCCAUUAUAUAGCCGAGGCUGAGAUCAAUUCCAUGAGCUGGAAAGUCUCAUUGGAGGAUGUGAUGUUCCGAGAUGCCGCAGAUCAUUUCAUGCGCGGUUCCUUUCACUCACUGGUCAAGCAGAGCUCCCAACUUACACUCAUGUCGGAGGACAUGGUGUCCAUCAAUGGCGAUCGCCAGAUCUUCAUACCGGUCGGCAUGUACAAGAAGAGCAAGGUGGCCAUCAAGUCCAUAGAGUUGGACAAUGUGAAUACUGUGCUGUCACGCAGCCUGAUGCUGGAAUUGAAGCGGAUGAAGGAUCUGCAGCAUGAUCAUUUAGUGAAGUUCUAUGGCGCCUGCCUGGAUCAACGUCGAAGCUUCCUACUCACUGAAUACUGUCCAAAGGGAUCGCUGCAGGAUAUUCUAGAGAACGAGCAGUUCCAACUGGACUGGAUGUUCAAGCUGUCCUUGAUGCAUGACAUUGUCCGUGGCAUGCAGUUUCUCCACAGCUCCGACAUACGCUCCCAUGGCAAUCUCAAGUCCUCCAAUUGCGUUGUGGAUUCACGAUUCGUUCUAAAGAUUACAGACUUCGGGCUGCACAGCCUGCGAAGAGCUAAUCACGACAUUGAAAGUGACAUUGAGAAUUGCAACAGUCACGCGUAUUGGAAAAAACUUUUGUGGACAGCCCCAGAACUUUUGAGAAUGGAAAAUCAACGUGCUCCAGAGGGCACCCAGAAGGGUGAUGUCUAUUCAUUUGGCAUCAUCGUGCACGAGAUAACCACAAGACAAGGACCCUUCUAUUUGGGCAAAUGUGUACACGAAAAGACGCCCCAAGAGAUCAUCGAGUUGGUUAAAAACUAUCAACCGCAGGCAUUGUUGAGUAAACCCUUCCGUCCAGAACUGGAACCGUACGGUGAUACCAAGGCGGAUGUAAUUGGCAUCAUUAGACGCUGUUGGGCUGAGGAUCCUCUGGAAAGACCCGACUUUAAUACCUUAAAGUCCAUGAUACGCAAGUUCAACAAAGAUAAUGAGACUGGAAACAUUGUUGACAAUCUACUGAAACGCAUGGAAAUGUAUGCCAAUAAUCUGGAAGAACUUGUCGAGGAGCGCACCCAAGAUUAUCUCGAGGAGAAGAAGAAAUGCGAGAAACUGCUCUACCAAUUGCUGCCCCAAAGCGUUGCCGCUCAACUGAUCAGCGGACAACCGGUUGUGGCAGAGACCUUUGAUCAGGUGACCAUAUACUUCAGUGAUAUUGUCGGAUUCACAGCGAUCUCAGCGGAGAGCACACCCAUGCAGGUGGUUCAGUUCCUCAACGAUUUGUAUACCUGUUUCGACUCGAUUGUGGAGAACUUUGAUGUGUAUAAGGUGGAGACCAUUGGAGAUGCCUACAUGGUAGUCUCCGGACUGCCAAUUCGCAAUGAGAAUUAUCAUGCACGGGAGAUUGCACGACUUGCUCUUGCCCUGCUCGAGGCGGUUCACAAUUUUAGGAUACACCACCGACCCAAUGAUCGCCUGAAGCUUCGGAUUGGCCUGCACACGGGUCCCUGUGUGGCUGGUGUUGUUGGCCAGAAGAUGCCACGAUACUGCCUCUUUGGGGACACUGUGAACACAGCUUCUCGCAUGGAAUCCAAUGGGGAGGCACUCAAGAUUCACAUUAGCGAGACCACCAAGUUGGCCCUGGAUGAAUUUGGCAGCUUUGUGACGACACGUCGUGGACUGGUGCCCAUGAAGGGCAAGGGGGAAAUGUUAACAUACUGGCUAGAGGGUGAGGUGCCCAAGCCCGAUGCUUUGAUGUCUCCCAGCAAGCUGAUGCUAACGAGACGCUCCUCGCUCAAGCAACCCCAACGUCAGCCGCACAUGUUCUACAAACAAUACUCAGAGCUAGGUGUGGUGGCCACAUUGGCACCACCAGUGCCAGCGAUAACGCUGCCAGGAGUGGACAAGGAGACCUCUCCCAAUCUACGAGUUAAGCGCAAGAUUAGCUCCAGUUCGCCAAAGUUGAAUGGCAACUGCUUUGACCACAAUGUGCAACAAAAGACUGAGGCCAAUAGUUACCAUUUGGAAGCUGGACAGCCGCAGCAUCCAUGUGAUAUCUAUGGCAGUCGCUCGCUCCGCAGCGUCGAAGCAGAGACAGAAGGUAGUGGUGUGGAUGGAACUGCUAAUGAUAGCUGGGAGUUGGCCCACUUUCGCCUGCCACUCAGCGGCACACUCAAGAAUCACACCAGUAGCAUUACCCAUGCCCAUCACACACAAUCCAACUCCAAUUCCAAUUCCAAUCUGAGUGGCAUUUUGCAGCCAGCACCGCAGACAAGGAGUCGCUUAAAGCCAUCGCCCACGAUCUCAACGCUGCUGAAGACAAGUCGCAGCAAUGCCGCCGGCACCGAAACUGGCAGCAUGGGCAGCGGUCAACGGAUUAAGUUUGCCGACUGUGAUGAGACUCCCCUGAUUAACAACAAGGCACCGGCGUUGCCCACAGCUGUGACAACUCUUGGUCUCGAGCGCAGCGGAAGCAGUUGCAGUAAUCAAAACAUUCCAAGCCUCAGCAGUGAUAACCCCUAUGGCUAUCUAGUCAAGAACUAUAAGCAGCUGUUGUCCAAGAAUGCACCCGUCUCGAAUAGCCAUGGCCAUGGACACGGACACGGACAUGACCUUUCAUUAACCGAAGAUUGUCCACGUCCAACGGUUUCGGCGCGUGGGGCAGGAAACAGUGCCGUGACGCAGCCGCUGUUGGCCAAAAUUAAUUCAUAGCUGUAAAUAUUUAAGACUCAUUGCCCCAGCACGGCAACCUUAAGAUUUCCGGUCCAAUGACCAUCCUCUAGUACCUACUCGUAAUGAUGCAUAUUAAAUGUACUUGUUUGUGAUAAUAAUUUAAAUCCAAGUUGAACAAUUUAGUAUAUA